CUGAGAAAUUUACUCCUCCAGCCCCUAUCACAGCUCCAGUAAUGAGCCUGCCCACUGAGCCCCAAGGGAUCCAUCCUCAGCUGUCCAGGUUGCAAGAAUCUGGCCAGUCACCCCCAGGAGCACCCAAGGAAGGCAGCCUGCAGUAUCACCAGCUACCUGUGGAGAGGGUGGAGAGGAAGGAGGUACCCCCUGAGCACCAGGCUCUGAAGACCACGUUUGAAGGAUUGGUGCAACGCUGCUCUGCUGUUGCCACUGAUCCAAAAACCCGAAGGAAGCUGGAGGACGGAUUGCAGCGGCUGGAGUGUUUGUAUGAGAAGCUCCGCGAGCAGGUGCUCUCUCCAACCAUCCUCAUGGGUCUCCAUGAAAUUGCCCGCUGCAUUGAGGCUAGGAACUACCAACAGGGUCUCCUGGUUCACACCCAGGUGGUGAGCAGCAGCAGUUUCAGUGAGGUGUCUGGCUUCAUGCCCGUCCUGAAAGUCCUCAUGACCAUUGCUGGCAAGCUGAAUGUGUAAAGCGCGGAGCAACUGCAACAGUACGCACCGAGAGCUGGUGGACUCCCUCUCCUGUUGAUGUGCUCCAGGUUGUGAAUUCUCCUUCUGAUCCUGGAGAAAUAAGUCUGUGCCAGUGCCUGGAAUGGUGCUGGGCCAGCGCAUCUGGCCCCAUCCACUCUCCAGAUAGCCCACUGGUGCCUGGGACUUCCAGAGACUGUUCUUUUUCUCUCUCCUUUCUCACUAGCCUGAGGCCGCUUCCCAGCCCAGGGCUCUCAAUUUCAGGCUGUCCAGGUUGCACAGAGAUUCUCCCUCUCCCCUGUUCCCCUGACACAAAGG